AUGCUCCCCCAAGAUCUCAUAACCGAGAUCCUCCUACGCCUUCCCGUCAAGUCUCUUCUCCGCUUCAAAUGCGUCUCCAAGCAGUGGCUCUCGCUCAUCUCCGACACCCACUUCCGUCACCACCACCGCCACGCCUCCUCCGGCGUCAUCUUGUGUCGAAGAACCGACAUCAUCCACCACGUUUCACUAGCUGGAAGCAACUCCGACUAUCAGCCCUUUACUUCCCUCUGCUUCAUUGAUGACUCUGCAGGUGUCAAAAUCCUUCAGUCCAGCCAUGGCUUGCUCUUGUGCUGCAGCAACUACAAACUGGGUAAAGCCCGCAGCUAUUACAUCUGCAAUCCUUCAACAAAGAAGUAUUCAAUUCUUCCUGAACCGGAUUAUGUAUCCGUAUCGGAUAACAGUUCUGUUUAUUUAGUUUUUAAUCCCACAAAGUCACUUCACUACAGAGUAGCUUGUGUUCGAAUGUGUUCUUCCUCAUUCAAUAGCUACCAAGUUGAGAUUUACUCAUCCGAAACUCGGGAUUGGAGGUCUUCCGGGUCUCCUUUCGCUGCCCCAUUCGACAUGGUGUUCGACAGUGGGGUGCUCUGGAAUGCUGCAAUACACCGGAUUAGUCCAACUGGUGCUUCGUUAUGCUUUGACAUUAAUCAAGAACGCCUUGGAGCAAUGCCUGGUCUGCCGUCAAAUGAGAAAUGGAGCCGAAGAAGGUUGAGGUAUUUUGGCGAGUCUGGUGGGCGUUUGCACCUUAUUGAAAUCUAUGGCUGCAGCACUCAAUUCCAAGUCUUUGAGAUGGACAUGGAUUACUCUAGCUGGGUUCCCAGGUACAAUGUCGACAUUGCUCCUGUUGUGGAUACAUUUCCGGAGAUGCUUCGGAACUGCAUUGUCCGUAAUGAUUUUGUUUUGUAUGCAUUUAGUCUACUCUGCUUGCAAGAGGAUGAAGAUGACUCAUUGCUGUUGCUGCACAUUCCUGGUCAGUUUGUGUCAUAUAGUCUUAGGAAUAGGACCUUCAAGGUGCUUAAUUCGAUAUCCACUGAAUCAAAUAAUGCAUUUCAGAUUGGAUGUUUCCAUGCUUAUCAGUUUAUGGAGACUUUGGCUGAUGCUGAUCAGUACUUGUAA